UGAGCUCCUUCAACACAAUGGGUUAAUCAGCAUUUAUCUGUCAUUACUAUGAGGUAAAAGUAAUUUAAGUGUUUUGCAGUAAAUGGUUGUAAAAACACAAUGUCGGUCUGUAACCUUUUCAUAAUUCAUGUUGAGUUUUGUUGGGUUAGGUUUAUACGAACUGCUGCGGUGUUUGAGGUUUGCUGAUGUGAGUGGACAAUUGUCAGUGUAAAGACAAUUAAUGAACAAAGCUGAAAACUGGACUGUAAAAGCCCUGCUCAGGGCUGAUUUUUGGCAGAUACUGUUUAUAUUGGUGAUUUUAAAUGUUAGUAACCUUUUAACCACAUUACAUUUGAAGCUAGUAAAACUGCUGUUUACCCCGGAUGGAUUCUCAUCUGUUUUGGUUGUGUAGAGUGAGAUCAAAAUGUAUUUCUGGAAUGAUCUUAAUGAUGGAUGGAUUUUAAGAGAAUCACAGUGUUGUCUCAGAACAUAUAAAACGUUUCAGUCACUAUUAGAUGUGGAGACUUAAUACAUCUAAAAUAUUUCUAGUCCCUUAAUCUUUCUUAAAAAAUAAAUGUUGGCAAUAUACUGAUGGAUAUCUCUCACUAUGAAACCUACAGACAUUACAAGGACUGACAUGCACUGAAGUAAAAAUUCACAAUGAAGAAUAAAAAAAGGAUAAUAAUGUUUAGUCCCACUUGUUGUACCUGAACAAUUAUACAGGUGACUUCCGGGCUGCUUAGUCCCUCCCAUUUUGCCAAUUUACUAAUGUUUUCCUUUCUACACAUUUAUAUGAGUAUUUAGGUGUACAUGAUGUUACCAUUAACAGUAUUGUGCCAAAGUUUGUUAGAAUGGGCUUCCUGCAAAGUGUGUUAGUUGUGAUUGUGGCUUUUGAUCUGAAGAGUGCAUCGGGAAGUUUGAAACACCAUCAAAGUCCCAGCAUCACAAAGCCACAAUCAGCUUCCAGAGGUCCUGCUUUUUCUUCUCAAGGGCUCUUGAGUCCUUUCCAAAAGGCUUCUCAGAUUCCCAGUCUUGACUCCAGACAAUUUGCACAAGACCCUCUUGGUCUUCAGGAGAAGCAGCUGUUGCAGGGUCCAGUCAAGCCUUUGGACUGGAAGUUUCCCGUCGUUCCAGAGGUGCAACGUGAGUUGGCAGUGAACUUCCAGUUGAAGCAACCCGUGACUCCCAGUAGUGUGGCUGUUCAAUGCAGUGAGAGCCGGGUUCAUGUGGAGGUGAAAAAGGAUAUGUUCAGCAAUGGUCAACUGAUCCAGCCAUCUGGUUUGUCUAUGGGAGGCUGUCCUGUUGUUGGUGAGGACUCUGCCUCUGGGGUGCUCAUCUUUGAAUAUGCGCUACAGGACUGCAAUAGUGUGCUGAUGAUGACUGCGGAUGAGCUAGUCUACACCUUUGCUCUUAACUACACUUAUGUGGCAUUUGCUGGCACACCUAUUAUCCGCGCUGAGGGUGCAGUUGUUGGCGUUCAAUGCCACUAUCAAAGGCUCCAUAAUGUAAGCAGUAAUGCUUUGAGGCCAACUUGGGUUCCUUAUGCUUCAUCAGAGGUUGGCGAGGAUGUCUUGGUGUUCACCAUGAACCUCAUGAUGGAUGACUGGUCCAAUCAGAGGCCUUCAAAUCUGUACUACUUGGGUGACACCAUUAAUGUUGAGGCAUCUGUGAAGGUGUACAACCAUGUCCCACUGCGUGUGUUUGUGGACCGCUGUGUGGCCACCCAAGUACCUGAUGUGCCUUCUGUUCCGAGAUAUUCCUUCAUUGAGAAUCAUGGGUGCCUUGUGGAUGCAAAGGCUACUGCUUCCAGCUCCCACUUCUUGCCUCGAACCCAGGAAGACAAGAUCUGGUUCCAGCUAGAGACUUUCAUGUUCCAGGGAGGAUCCAGUUCUUCUAUCUACAUAACGUGUACCGUGAAGGCCACUCUUGCUUCUGCACCCAGUGACGCUCUCCACAAAUCCUGUUCCUUUUCCAAUGGGUGGCUUGCUGCUGAUGGGAACCACCAGGUUUGUGCUUGCUGUGACUCAACAUGUGGUCCUGAUGGGGGAAGUGAUGCUCCUAUUGGGGGUGUUCAGUGGGAAGGCAAGGCCUCACUUGGUCCUGUAAUGGUUCAAGGGCGACAGAAGACUUUAGCUGGACUUCAAUAAAUGGGGAAAACCCUAUUGCUGAUUUUAAAUAAAUGGAAAACCUUGUUCCUGCUUCUGCUCUUGUCUAGUUUAAACCCUUUCGGUUUGUGCUCCAAGGAUUAAACUCCUAUCAUUUGCUAGUCUCACUUCAUCUUAGUGCUGUAUUUGACACCAUAGAUCAUGACCUGCUCCGAUUGAUGCAGGCUCUAAGAAGGUUUCCCCUAUUAAACUUGCCCAAGACAUAUUACUUAUUGGACCAAAAAAAACAGUACGCAGAAUCUAGAAGUCUACAGUUUGCAAUUAGACCGCUGUAUCGUUAACUUACCGUCAUAAAUAUGGGUGGUCUAUUAGUCAGCAACUUUUCUUUUUAAAACCAUAUUUCCCAAGCUACAAAAACUGCAUUCUUCCAUCUUGGACAUCUUGCCAAGCUAUAAAACAUGUUACCGGUUUCUGAUGCAGAAAUGCUAGUUCGUGCAUUCAUGACCUCUAGACUGUACUAU